AUGUCUCCGAACAUUGUUUCAGAGCCCGUUGCCAUAUCAUUCAUUGCUGGCCGGACUUACCAUAUCUGUGGUGUUUUGACUGGCACCAUUCCGCAGAUUCCACAACAGAACUUGUUCCUUGGCCUCCCCGUCGAGUUGCUACCAGAAGAGGCCAAAGUCCUCGUUGAUAAGAAGAUUGCAUACAUUGUUGAGGAUACCCCUUGGCAUAAACAAAACUUCAGUUCGCUGGAAGGCUCGGACAGGAAGAAAUACCUAGAGUCCCUCAAAACAGAGGCAUUCAAAGCAAAAAGAGCUGCAGAUACUGAAGCCAGAAAGCGCACUGAGAAUGCUCUAGCAAAGAAAGCUUUGAAAGGUGGGAGUGGAUCGUUACCAAGUACAUCUCGUGCAAGUAAUGAUCCCCAAGAUACUAUUUCCAAUGAACCAGACCCUUUAUUCGAGGAUGAACGCCCUGCCUCUCGAGCCUCAUCUGUAGCAUCUUCAUCCACGAAAUCUUGGGGUAUUACACCAACUGUUUCAUAUCCCUCAUCAUCUUCACCCCAAACCUUUCCAUCAAGUUCAGAUCCAUCCGUUCCUUCAUCUUAUCCUUUAUUUGCUCACUUGCACUCUCGUGACUACUUCAUGACACCUGGUCUCCGAUUCGGGUGCGACUAUACUGUGUAUCCAGGAGAUCCUUUACGCUUUCAUAGUCACUUCGUAGCGACAGGUUAUGAAUGGGAUGAAGAAAUCCGGUUGCUGGACAUAGUCGGAGGUGGUAGGUUAGGUACUGGUGUCAAAAAGGGCUUCCUGAUUGGUGGCGAAAGCCCUAACAAGAAAUCUGUUGAGGAGGAAAAUGAUGGACUUAUCAUGGCCACUCCAACAAUGCUCGAUAAUGGUACAAAAUUUGACAUUGCUUCAUGGACGAACUGGACCGCAGUUAAUGUUACGCAAUAUGUGCCGUCUGCAAGGGAUUUUGCUUUGGCAGGACCGCGAAUGGUCAUGAAACUCGGUUCCUUUCUUGCAGUUCCGGAAAGUGUUGAUAAUAUAUUGGGUAUAAGGAUGGCGGCACGAAUAAUCCCAGAAGCUACUGGAUCUGGCAUACCUGAUCCCGCAGAAACGAUAACUGCCGCAGCAGUUGCGGGUGUAAGACAGAUUGUAGAGACCAGCUCGGAAACAUUGACGGAAGAGAAUAUGAUGGAAAGCUCAAGAUUCUCUUUGGAGAGUGCGCGAAGUCUCGGAGGUUUAUUUGCUUAUGCCACAAGCAAAUGGGCCCUUGGGUGUAUAGUGAUGGCCAUCGUUUUGAAUCGCACGCAUAUAAUGGCCAGCACGAGAAGGCCACUCGAAUUUACAUGGAAACCACGCUUCCUAUUACGAAUCAUACCUAUAAUACUACUUCUCGUUCAAGCCAGAUGGUUGCUGCAAUCAAUACAAUGCCAGACAUCCCCUGAUUUUGGUUACUUGCGGUGGGGUAAUUCUUCAAAAUCCCAUAACCUCCUGUUCACCCAGGAUGGAGGUCCUCUGUAUACGUUCAGUCAAGCCCUUCUGUUUGGUGCUAAGGAUUCAUCCUCAUGUCUGGCGGUGAGUAUGAUUCCUAGUAAUUAUACCAUGGGGAACGAGACCAAUUCUGAGGAGGGAAUCCCCACCACAUACGAUCUUUCCGGAUCUUUAUCACUUCUAUGGCCUUUAUUUAAAACAUUUAGCUUCAGUCAAUUUGUCGAAACGGUGUCCUGCGCUGUUCAAGGUCGCCAGGUCGCAGCUGAAACAGGAAUGACGCUCUUCGAACACUCAUUAGCCUUUGCUGAGGCCGAUGCCGCCAUUAGUGCUCAAAUCGUUGGUUUUACCAAGAUUAAGAUUCCAGCGGAAGACGACUCAAAUGCUGGACCCACUCAAUUUACUGUUACACGCUCCAUGAUCAUGAAGAAAAUAAAUACCACGCCAGAAGUCCUACUUGUUGGAUUUCUCUCAGUUAUGAACCACUUGAGUAGUCACAUCCUUGCAAUAUUCGAUAUCCAAGGAAGAUAUCGACUACUUAGUACUGGAUUCUGGGGCAUAUCAUUCAUGUUUGUGAUUGUUUGGAGUCUCGUGUCAUUUUCUUUCGAUCACCCUUCAAGCCAAGCAUUAUUGAGGUUUCCUACGGUUUGUAUUAUUGGAUUUAUACCCCAUGUUCUCGUUCUGUGCGGUAUUAUCAUAUGUUCAAUCAUAUACGGCGUUGCAUUGAUCUUGUCUACAUUGGCCCCUGCUAGUGGUAUCGACGAGUCCAAUAUUCCAGUUGGACAAAAUCUGCCAGAUACUCCUCGCCCUCGAUUAUCCUUCUCGCAGAGAGUGAUCAAUGCACAUCAUAACAUGCAAGCGAAUGUCCCAUUGUCAAGUAUCCGAAUAACAAUGCACAUGGACUUCUAUACGGCUCUGCUAAGGACAGGAUUUGCUGUUAUGACUAUGGCUAGUGAAGCUGUUUAUCUGAAUGAGAGUCGAGGGGUGAACGUCAAACCUAACACCUGGCUCGAAGAUGAUCGUCUACGUGAGAUUGAAGAGACUGGAGCACAAUGGCUAGGUCCAAGUUUUAAAGCUCAUGAAUCUGAGCUUGCCAUAGAUGAUCAUAUGCCUCAUAACGUUGGUCUCGUAGCGGCCACUAAUCAGAGGGUACUUCCACAAAAGAAUAACAGUCCUUAUGCGCGCGAGAUGACUGCACAAAAGAAUGCAAAGUCCAAAGGAAAAGAGCGAUCAGUCAGAGAUGGUGUUGGUGCUACAGAGCGUAGUGGGCGUUGGGUAAUGGCAUUGGAGUUCUUUCUUGGGAUCAAUAGAUUAAUUCUUAGCUGGUGGGCAAUAUGUAUCUUAAUGUUUAUGAGUUGGCUUGGAAUUCAAAGCCGCCCAGGCUGGCUUCUUUGGCUUGUAUCGCGAACAAAAAGAGACCCCGCCAGCACAGCCGUGCAAGCAAAUGACCCAGAUACACUCAACUUCUGGCUUCUGAAUAUCGAUGGAGAAUUGACUCUACCCAAAGAUGACCAUGUGGAUGUAGAAGUAGAAAUGAGAAGGCGACUCAAGACCAGCCAAGAAUAUUGGAGUCGACAUAGAGAGACCGAGUUGGACACCAGUCUAUAUCAAUGGUGGCUGAAUGGCGGCUGGUGGGGAAGUGAUGAUAACAGUGGAACAUUCAGUCCCGAGAAAAAGGAUAUCGAAGAUGACAUGACCAGUGUAAUCUCAUAUUCGACAGAAGAUGAACGAGAUUGGGAGUCGGACGAUGCCAUAACAGAUGGUCAAAGAACUCCCACACAACGAUCACCUCAUCCAUCGCGAGAAUCUAGUCCAUUUCUCGACACACCCCUAUCCACAACAGAUCUAGCUCAACUCUUACAUCCUCGAAACCCCGAACAAAGAGCAGAAGCUCAAGCCCUCUCACUCCACCUCUCAAGCGAUAAAAUCCUAACUCGUUCCCGCUACCGCGAUAUCAUUCAGAGAGAACGAGCCCACGUCCUAACAUCCACUCUUCAACGCCCUCCAAAUUUCAUCCCCUCCGAUCCAUCGGGCAAACUUUCUCCAGACGAAGAAGCCCAAAUCCUCGAGCAUCUCAUUAUCUCCAAACGCAACUAUCAAAAAGCUACCCAAGAACCGGCUUCCUGGAUGCAAGGUGCAUCCGGCAUGGGAGAAAAUGGCCCACAAUGUGUGGUCUGUCAAAGCUCGCCUAGAAGCGUUAUUGUGUGGCCUUGUCGUUGCUUGAGCUUAUGCGAUGAUUGUCGUGUUACGCUUGCGAUGAACAAUUUCGAUAAUGGGGAGCCAUAG